AUGAAGUCUUUCACUAUCGCACUCAGCCUGGCUGCUACAGCCAUGGCUUCCCCUUGUCCUUAUGGACAGCUUGCCGAGAGGGGAGCUCUUCCAGAGACCGAAGCCAAGAACUUCUUCGUUGCUCGUGCGGAGGGCGAGGCUGCUGUUGAGCAACAGAUGGCUGCCGUCAAGCGUGCUGAGCAUGAGGCUCAGGCCAAGUACUACAAGCGCCAGCUCGACCUUGGAGAGCUCCCGCUUGGAGGUGGUCUUCUCGAUGGUGUCCUUCAGUCGUUCAGUGGUGCUCUCGAGCUCCUUGAUGUUCCUACUCCACAACCAUUCGGCCUUCAGGAGAUCCCUGGCGACGACAAGGCACACAGAUACAUCAAGCCAAAGAAGUCCGCUGUUCGUGGCAUGUGCCCAACCCUUAACACUAUGGCUAAUCACGGCUACAUUGACCGUAGUGGAAUUACGACCUUUGCGGAGGCUGCCAACGCUUGUCAGAUCACUUUAGGCUUCGGAUAUGACACGUGCGUCUUUUUAUCUGCCCUAGGCUUGCUGGCUGGCGGCGAUUUGCCCACUGGCAAGUAUUCUAUCGGUGGAGCGGACGCCCGUGUGCCCAACACCCUCGGCCCAUCCCUCGGAAUCAGCCGCCACGGCUUCUUCGAGGUCGACAACUCCAUCUCUCGUAUCGACAGCUACUUCGGCAACCAAGCGGACUUCAACUUGGACCGCUUCAACCGACUGGUCAGCAUUGCCGACAAGUACAACGGCCAGUUCGGCAACUCUGCCUUCGCCGAAGAGCGUGUCCUCCUCUACAACGAGGCCAAGAACAACAACCCUCAGUUUAACGCUGGUGUCCGUUGGCUCGCCGUCACCACUGCUGAGCGUGUCUUCAUCUUCCGUGCUCUGCCAAACGGCACCGACGAGACGAACGCCAACUACGCCAACGUCGCUCCAUUCUACGUCAACGAGACCUUCCCCCGUGACUGGUUCCGUCGUUCCACCCCAUACUCCCUCGCCAACACUGGCACUGACAUCGCCACUCUCCUCGCCACCUCUGGUGAGCUUACUGUCCCUGGCACCAACGAGGGCCUCAACAACUUCGUGCCUCUCGGCCUCGACAUUGGCGCCCUCUCCCCACAGGAGGCUACUUGCUUCUUGGCCCAGGCUGUCUUUGAUGAGACUCCUGGCUUCCUCGCUCCAGCGCUGGCGGACAACAUCGACCUGGUCAACGCUUUCCUCAACGGUGCUUUGAAGCCAUUCUUCGCUUCAUUCAACUGCGCUAUUGGCGACAACACUCCUUUCGCCAACGAGACGAGCACUCUUGCUGGACCCAGCGUUGAGUGCAACGUGUUGGUCAAUGGUGUGUACCAAUGCUAG